UGCCUAUAACAACUGGGAGAUUUAUUUCUACGCAAUACGACUCGUUCAACCAAAUGAAUAUCCAUAUAAGGAAGGAUUUAAACUUCACGAUUGUAAAAUGCGGCUGUAUCAUGUAGCCGGAAGUUUGUGCAAGUUGUGCCCCGAAAGAAAUUUUCGGAUGGAGUCGCAUGAUGUUGUUGAGUGCAAAUUGGUAAUGAAAUAUUGGCAGUCUGCCAAAACGGAUACGAUGCCGAACUGGUAUGUUUGGGCGGUGGGACUUACACCUAGGGAUAUCGAAUCCACGCAGGGUGAAACUCUGACCUUUGUGGGACCUUUCGAGAGACCGGAACAGUAUCAACGUUAUGAUGAUGAUGGUUGGUCUCCCUUAACCCCAGAAUCAAGAUUUAAGGAAAAUGAUGAGUUAGCAGUCUCCAAUGUUUCUGAAAAACUUGUAAUCCCAACACCAGUUGAAAUGAACAUGAAAAGUGGCAGCGUAAAAGUUGAUUCAUCGUGGACUGUAGUGAAUUCAACGAAAUAUUAUAAAGUUGCAAAACUAAUUGCAGAGCACUUUGGAUUGACAAUUCGGAGUACAAAACCACAGGAAAAGUUUAUUGAUAUAACAGAACAACAUGAUUUGAAUCCGUUGAACGUCUCAACAAGUGUAAACGAGGCUUAUCUGAUCCAGAUAAGUUCUCUGUAUAUAACGGUGUCUGCAAGGGCAAAGGCAGGGAUGUUUUAUGCUUAUCAGACAUUAAAAAGUAUACAUCAAGGCGGGAAAUCACUUCCAUUGUGUGUAAUAAAAGACCAGCCUCGAUUUACCUACAGGGGGAUGCACUUGGAUGUAGGUCGGAACUUCUUUUCAAAAGAGGAGAUUCUGAAAAUACUAGAGACAAUGGCGAUGUACAAAUUAAACAAAUUCCAUUUCCAUUUGACGGAGGACGAGGGUUGGAGGUUGGAAAUUCCCGGUAUACCUGAGCUUACAGAGAUUGGUUCGAGAAGAUGUCAUGACCUUAACGAAGACACGUGCAUUCUUCCUCAAUUGGGAUCCGGAUCUUCAAAAAACGGUCUUGGUUCCGGAUUCUACACAACCGAGGACUAUAUGGAAAUAUUAAGAUAUGCUAAUGACCGGAAUAUUCAAGUCAUACCGGAGAUUGACAUGCCAGGGCAUUGUCGUGCAGGUAUCAAAGCAUUGGAGGCAAGAUACCGGAAGUACAUGAAAAUUGGAAACGAGGUUGAAGCUAAUAAAUAUUUGCUGACAGAUUUUGCUGACAAAACACAAUAUUUAACAGUGCAGUGGUUUUCUGAUAAUGCUAUUAAUAUCUGCUUGAAUUCAACAGCAGUAUUUAUUCGUCAUCUAAUUACGUCACUUAUUGAGAUGCAUCAAGACAUUCAGCCUUUGAACAUAUAUCAUUUUGGAGGGGACGAAGUAGCGGGAGCUUGGAAAGAAUCUCCGGAAUGCAAAAAGUUUCUAUCGAAAAAAGGUCUCAAUGAUACCGCCACACUUAAGAGAUACUUUGCUCAUUUCAUGUCAAAUCUAACUAAUGAUGAAGGAUUGCAUAUGGCGGUCUGGGCAGAUGCUCUCAAAGAAGGAAACGCUCUUUAUAAUAUCAGUGCAUUUCCAACCAAUCAGAAUAUUAUAGCGUAUAAUUGGGACAACCUUUGGGAGAGAGGACACGGGGACAAAGCCUAUAAACUAGCCAAUGCAGGAUACAAGGUAGUUCUUUCCCAUGCCACACAUCUUUAUUUUGACCAUCCAUACGAACCAAAUCCAGAGGAGAGAGGGUAUUAUUGGGCUACCCGUUUCACUGAUACUCGAAAGACUUUUGGAUAUAUCCCUGACGAUAUAUUCUAUAAUGCCGACAAGUCGAGGGAUGGUCAUCUAUUAACCAAGGAUCAAAUAUGUCCAAACAAUGAAUGUCUAAAGUUAGAGAAACCGGAGAACAUCAUUGGCAUACAAGGUCAAGUUUGGACGGAAACCAUACGGACAUCCCAGCAACUUCACGAGAUGAUGUUUCCACGCAUGCUCGCAUUGGCUGAACGUGCCUGGCACAAGUCAGAGUGGGAGCGGAUUCCAGACAAACAGAGGCGGAUCAUGGAAACAAAUAAGGAGUGGGCUUCGUUUUCCAAAGCUUUAGUAGAGAGGGAGUUCCCUAGACUUGACGGCAUGGGCAUCAAGUAUCGUGUCCCCGUACCUGGAGCAAGGGUCAGUGGUGACGUUGUACAGGUAAAUUCGGCUUUCCCAGGAUUAGGUUUUCAAUAUAGUUUGGAUAACCAACAGAGUUGGUUAAAUGUGACGUCACAGGAAGUGCACUUGAAGACAAACAUGUACUUAAGAACAAGGUCAUCGGAUGGUAAUCGAUACAGCCGAUCAGUGUUCCUUAGAAACGUAAUUUCUUCAGAUGGAGAUCACAUGAAACCAAUUUGUAUUAAUAUCUUUACUGCUACAAUAUUUUGUGUCAUUAAAAUAGUGUUAUAUUGAGAAAAAACGAUGUAUUUUUUUAUAAAAUAAAUGUGCCAGUGAAACUAUACACAUGCAAGGAUCAUUCUAAAGAAAUAAAGUUAGAUAAUACUCACAAUUAUCACGUAAACAACUCAUUUUUUUUAUUUCUUUUUUCAAUGUUGUUCUAUUUUCUCAAAAUGUGGUAGAUAACAUUAACCAUCGAACGUUGUACAAAAGAAGAAACUACGUCUCACGUUACACUUGUGUUAUAUAAUCCAAAUCAUUCCAGAUAACUUUCUCAGAUACAAUACCCUGAGCCUGAACAACCAUUUUCUGAACAACCAUUUCUUGCAUUUGAACAUGUAUUUUUCUAUUACAUGUUCGACACUGCAUAUAUCACCUUUGUAUGUAAUUACAAUUUAAGCAUUUUUAUUUAGAAUAACCCGGCAUAGUAUACAUGCAUAUUAUUAAGUCAUUUUUUAGCUGCCCGUACAUUCAAUACGUUUUUAAUGAUUUAGCAAUGUGCAGUUGUUUUUUUUUUAAUACAUGACAAGAGUAAUAUUAAUUUUUUAAAUGAAAAUUAAUGAUUUUUUGUUUAAGUUCUUGUCUUAAAACUUUGUAUUUCUUUUGCCACUAACAAAUUUGAAGGAGGAGAGGACUAAAAAAGGCAGUGCCUGCUGCCUUACCCAAUUCAAUAUAUUAUAUUGAAUAAAAUAUUGUUUUAAUAAAAUAAAAAUAAAGUUAACAAAGGACUAUAUAUGGUUUAAGCCUAAAAUGACCCCCAUAAAUGAAUAUUUUCAUUUUACUGUAAUUCUUUGUUGUAUUUGUACAAAUAUACAUUUGAAGAUUUUUCAUAACUUUCAUUUUGAUUUCCAACCAAACUUAAACAUAAGAAUUAUAUGAUGAUUUUUAUUUAAUGUCAUUAAAAAAAAAUUUCAUAUACUUCGUGUUUACUAGGGUACAUGUACAUGCUGAUAUAGGGCAACUUCUUAAUUUUUUUCUGAAAUACUUUCAUGAAAACUACUUUGUAAAUACUUCGAGAAUGGUUGUGAUCAUCAGGUUGAUUUAUGUAACAAAAGUCUAAGUGUGCGAAACUUUUUUUUCAUGAUAAAAUACUUCAAAAAUUUCGCAGACGGACAAUGUUACUCUAUUUUCAAUACGAGUUUUGAAGCAGAUCGGGAUGUAAAUUACUAGAGUCAAUAUAAAACUCAUUACAAUAAUGUGACAUCCCGUUUACAAACGUGUGCAUGUUAAAGCAAUGAGGGUGCAUU